UCCACCCGCCGCGCCGCCGAGAGCCGCGCCACCGGGAGCCGCGUGGGCCUCCGCCUCGAGCGUGGCCGCCACGCCGCGCUCCCCGCGGCAGCUCAUCCUCGCGGCCGCGGCAGCCCAGUGAGCUCCAGGGGCAGCGGCGGACCGGCGAGCUCCAGGCGGCGGCGGCGGAUCGGCGAGGCAGAGGCGCUCCGGAGGCGGCGGCGCUGCAGGAGGGCCGGAGAGGGCGGAGGCGGAGGAGGAAGGCCGCGAGGAGGAGGGCACGGGGCGAGGCCGACGCCGGUGGUUGGGGCGGAGCCCUGCUCCGCCGCGCCGCCGCCAUGGGCGGGGCAUGCUCUGCCGUGGGAAAAGAUGGGAAAGAAGAGGAAGAGGAGGACGAACACCACACGAGCACCUAGGCCUGGUAAAACCGCUCCCGAACUGCUGGACGAGAUUGUUCUGGAGAUCCUUGCGCGGCUGCCCGUGAAGUCCCUCCUGCGGUUCAGGUCGGUCUGCAAGGCAUGGCGCGCCACCAUCUCCGACCCCUUCUUCAUCCGCAAGCACCUACAGUGCUCGGUCUCCAAGCAGGAGCAGGACCCGUCCUUCCUCAUCAGCCCCCACACCCUCACUCACGUCAUCCCGGGGGAGUACGUGCCGACCACCUUCUCCAACCGGAUACAAUUCUACCGGUGGAAGCAGGGCGACUCUGGUGCACGAGGACAUGGAUGGGGAGUUCAGCAUGCUGUGCUACUUCGCCCACUGCGACGGCCUGGUGCUCAUCCCCACUGACACCAAGCUCUACCUCUUCAACCCGGCCACCAGUGAUGCAGUCACACUUCCCAAGAGUAGCAAUGACAAUCUCCAGCAUGAUGGAGUCUACCACUCUGCAGCAGGUUUGGGGCUAGAUCCUCGCACCGGCAAGUACAAGGUAGUCCGCUCCUUCUACCGUUGUUCAUGGGAUGAUGAUCCUCUUGCAAGCAUUGAUCGUGUGGGGAUGGGGAUGGAAGUGUUCACCGUCGGUGGCGGCGGCUGGAGGGAGAUUCUGCCCAACCCGCCGUAUCCUGUCGAGAGAUGGCAGACUGCCCGAGCGGUUAAUGGGUUCAUGUUCUGGCACAUGAACAAAGUGAGGGACCGCCAUGAGCAGCCUCCCCGAGGGCUUCUCUCCCUCAGCCUGGAAGAUGAAGCAUUCGCUGUCAUUGGGCUGCCGGAUUCACUGGACCCUGCGCUGGACGACACCUUCAUGCUGGAUGUGUUGCACGGGGAGCUAUGGUUGUCGGCACACACCAGCGAGAUGCCAUCCCCUAGAACAAUGACCAUCUGGGCACUUUGUGUGGAGGAGUCACGAUGGAAGCGGCGCUACUCCAUCUGUGUGUCCGAUGUUUGCCAUCCGAUGGGUCUUGCUCCAUUCGAUGGGAUGGUUUUGUGGAGCGGUUUCACUCUGUAUCGCUAUGACCUGCCAAGCUCAGAGCUGACGAUCGAGUGCGACAUGGAUGGUCUGAGGUACCAGGGUCGUAGGGCGCGGACAUGGAAGAAUCUGUUCGCGUUCAAUGUGAAGCCCUACACCGAGAGUCUCGUUCCAAUUACUCUGUAGCCAGCCUUGGAGUGUGCUGCAUCUUUCCAGAGGGGGAAAACCAUGCAUCUUCUUUUUUGUAUUUUCUAUGAUUUAAGAAUAGUGCAGAUGGCCAUUUGCAAGAGUGGCAAUGCAUGGUCAAAUAAACAAUGGGAGUGAAGGCUAUUUGCAUGAUGUACUCCUGCAUAUUAUUCAAAAAAAAAUUGUGCGGCUGUGUCUACUGAUUCAAGAAAA